CCUCAAUGAAGGUAUCUCUCAUCAAUCAGCCCAGAUGGCGUUGCACGAUCUAGUAGUUGAGGCAGUUUCAACCCACCCUUUCCUCUUUGUGACCACUGGACCUCUUAUCUUCCUCUUCAUCCGCUCCGUAUAUCGCCUCUAUCUACAUCCGCUUGCUCACAUUCCCGGCCCCAUUCUUCCAAGAGUGACAUCUCUCUGGCUCUACUACCACGCCUACAUCGGCGACGAAGCCAGCGCUAUUCAUCGCCUCCACCUCAAGUUCGGUCCCCUGGUCCGCGUUUCCCCACACGAAGUAGACAUUAGUGACGCAGAUGCCAUACAGCCCAUCUACGUCUCCAAGGGCGGCUUUCCUAAGGCGCCGUGCUACGCAAACUUUGACAUCGAUGGGCAUAAGACGAUCUUCUCGACUACCGACCAUGAGCAUCGUGCGCCGAGAGCAAAGGCCGUCGUGCCGCUGUUCUCAACGAAGAGCUUGAGAGACAAUGAGCAGGCCAUUUGGGGGUGCGUGGAGCGCAUGGUCGAGAGGUUGGGCGAAGAGGCGAAGUCGAGAAAGCCGGUCAACGUGCUGAAUCUAGCGCGUAGCUUAGCAGUCGACGCAGUAUCGACGCACCUCUUUCGGGAAAACUACGACGGUGUGAGUGAAAAGGGACCGACUCUUUCUGUGUCCGCGUUUGUGGAUACUUUCGUAGCUGUCGGACGGUUCUUCUACCUUCCUACUAUCGUGUUUGUGUGGCUGGAUUGGGCUAUUGCGAAGUGGACUACCGACCAUGAGACGGAUGACAGUAUGUCGCUUGUUGACUCGUUCGUGGGUAAUCUGGUCGCGAAUACAACGGAGAAAUCGACAACAUAUCCUGGACGCUUGAUGGCUGCAGGCCUACAAAACGAUGAGGUCAAGGCGCAAUGCAAAGAUCUGAUCUUCGCUGGGACAGACUCGACGGGAAUGAAUCUUGCCACUAUUAUGAGGAAUCUGGCAUUGUACCCGGAAAAGUACGAGAGGCUGAAGAAGGAGGUCAAUGAUAACGCCGCACUGGGCUCUGACGCUCUCGACAUCCAAGCCCUGCCAUACCUCACCGCAGUCGUCAAGGAAGCCUUACGCAUUAGUAUGGCAAAUCCGACGCGCCUUCCCCACGUAGUACCCUUAGGUGGCUGGAUGUUCAAAGACACAUUCUUCCCAACCGGAGCAAUCGUGGGCUGUUCGGGUUACGAAUUGCACUUCAACGCAGACAUCUUCCCUGCACCACACUCCUUCCAGCCUGAAAGGUGGCUCGAUGCGACUGACGAUAUGUCGAGGUACUGGUUUGCCUUUGGAGCGGGCAGCCGGGCAUGCAUUGCGAGGAACCUGGCGACUAUGGAGUUGCACUUUGCGACCGAGCGGCUGGCGCGGAGCAAUGUUCUCGAUGGUGCUAGGGUGGUGCAGGACGGUGACGUUGAGAUCUUGGAGUGGUUCAAUUCGAAGGUCAAGGGCGAGAAGAUUGAAUUAGUAUGGGAGUGAAGUAAGAAGUGCUCUGUGUUUUCCAUACCGAGAUCUCAGCUUCACCGCACUUUAGAUUGUUCGCGUAGUAUCUCUACUUGGAAGCAUGUGUUGCAGUGAUCAGUUGAUCCAGUUGGGUGCUAAGGUUCCAUCUGACACAUAAACCUGUGAUGCAG